UUUAGGAAAGCAUUCAUAAAAGCUAAAAUAACCUUUUCAACUAGAACUUGAAGCCAAAGUGUAGAAGAUGAUUGCUAAAAUAGCAUUAAACUAAUCAGCCAUCUGUGUAACUCGGAUGUUCAAAGGCAGGUUCUUCCACAGGUUUGACUGAGGAAGCUUGGUAAGCUCUACGUUUGAUCUGGAAGACUCUAACAACAGUCAGUUUGUGGAGCUUAAAGUUCUGGAUGCAACAGUUCAGACAGAUAUGAUGGUUUCAAAGCUCUAUAGCGCCUCCUAGAGCGUGUUGCACAGCAGGUAUAACCGAGCUGCAGCUGUCUGAGCAGAGAGUCCUCCUGACUUUUUCCUUCAUCCUGAAUCAGAGCAGCAGCCUUCAGGUAAACUGACACCUGGAGGUGGAGGGGGCGUGGCCACCGUCUGCAGGUAAAAAGGCAGCUGCUGACAUGAGCUGCUUCCAGAAGCAAGGUUCAGUCAUGAUGAUGGAUCUUCUCCAGCUGAGGGGAGUCUUCCUCUUCUUCGUUCUAACCACAGCUCAGAACAUCACCCGCAGGCCUGAUGCUAGAACAAACACCAGGCCCGUCUCCCGACCCGACUCCCAGCCUUCCUACCUGCUGCUGGCUCCCACGGCGUUCCGAUCUGGACUUCCCACCACGGUGUCAGUGAGCAUCCUGAGCUCCUCCUCAGUCACCGUCUCUGCUGACAUCAUUUAUGACGACAAGACGCUGUCCUCGAACUCCACCACGGUGACAGGAGGAACCACCAGCCUGCUGAUUCUGCCUGCUAUCCAUGAAGACAAGUCCAGCCCCGAGCGGCCCUACAUCCUGAAGGUCAGAGGCCACAGAGGUUCGGUCCAAGUCUUUUCCAACUCCACGGAGCUACAAGUCAACCUCAGAGGCGUCUCCACUUUCAUCCAGACUGACAAACUGAACUACCUUCCGGGUCAGGUGGUGAAGAUCCGAGCCGUGUCCGUUUUCUCUGACGGGAAGCCCUGUGUCAGCCCGGCAGACAUCCUGAUCCAAGAUCCGAGAGGAAACCUUCUCAGACAGUGGCUGGAAGAAGAUAGCGUCCUUGGUGUUGUGUCCAUAGAGUUCCAGCUGUCUGAAAACCCUCCUCUGGGUGAGUGGAGCAUCGUGGCCACCAUCAAAGGCAUUCCCAGCGUGAAGCAUUUCAACGUGGCUCAUUAUGUUCUGCCAAAGUUUGAGGUUGUGAUUAAAGCUCCAGAGGUCAUCCACCAGGAGGACGUCCUGAAAGGCUUCGUCUCUGCAAAGUACUCGUACGGUAAACCCGUCCACGGACACAUGAACAUCACGCUCAGUCAUCAUUUUCACGGCAACGUCCAGACUCACAGCGAGGAUGAGGAGAUCGACGGCUCUGAAAGGUUCAUGUUUGAUGUUUCCACGUUUCAUCAAAGCCCGGGCAGAAUGAUGCUCCACGAUGAACGCAUGGACUACCUAACCAUUGAGGUUUCUGUGACGGAACACCUGACAGGUCUCGCAUAUCAAGACACAGUCAGGGUUGUUUUGGCUAAAAACAGAUAUGAUAUUUCCUUUGAAGACUUUCCUACAGUCCUGAGACCAUCUUUAAGCUUCAGCGGCAUGCUGAAAAUAUCAACGUACAACGGUGAGCCGCUGACAGCAACGGAUCAGAGAAGAAUGGUGAAAGUUUCAGUGAAGCAAGAAAGGAAAGAGCUUGGGGAUCAGAUGGUGAAGGAGGGGAUGCUUUUUAGAACAAAUGAUUCAGAUUCUUCAUGGAUGAACUCUGACGAGAUGUCCUCAGAAGACAUGGAGUUUCCUGUCCCAGCAGACGGAGUCAUUCCUCUGCACAUCAAGGUCCUGAAUGACACACAACACCUCACUGUUGAAGUUUCCUUUGAGGAUUGUGAGAAGACUCUUUCCCUGGGCAGAAGCUACACCUCCCCAAGUCAUGCCUACCUUCAGGUUCAGAGACCCUCCAGACCUGCAAAGGUUGGUUCACGCCUUCGACUGAAGAUUGAGGGGAGCUUUGCGAUCACUGAUGUUCAUUACUUGGUGAAGUCCAGAGGACAGGUGGUUUUUGCUGGGAGAAGCUCAGGUGAUCUGAAUUUGGUCCCUGAGGUCUCCUGGGCUCCUCUGGCCUCCAUCAUCGUCUACUGCGUUCUUCCUAAUGGAGAGGUUGUCAAUGAUGUGAUCCAUCUACCCAUUGCCCAGUUUCUACAGAACAAGGUAUCUCUGAGCUGGAGCAGCGACACUCUGAAACCUGCCGAGGACGUCACCCUGCAAGUGUCGGUGGCUGAACCCGGCUCGCUGGUCGGGAUCCUGGUGGUCGACAAAGCGACGCGUUGGGCGGGAUCACAAAAUGACAUCACCAUGGAGACGUUGCUGGAGGAGAUGAAGGAGUCUGACGCUCCCAUGAACGACGCCCUUAGCGCCAAGAUGACAAUGGGAGAUCCGUACACCAUUUUCCAGACAUGUGAUCUUGCAGUGAUAACUGACGCCAGUUUACACAAAGCAAAUUCAACAGGGCUGGAGUUCAUAGAAAAGGAACUGGUUUACUUUCUCCAAAUGAACGGAGAACAUUUUCAGAAACAUCCAGAGCUACACAAGCGUCAGAACUUUCCCGAGACGUGGGUCUGGAUGGACAUCGAAACAGGUAAUUCAGACAGAAAGGACAUACCUCUGACCGUCCCUGAUAGCAUCACAACUUGGAUAGCCUCUGCUUUCGUCAUGUCAGAGAAACUGGGUCUAGGAAUCACAGAGGAACCAGCAGAGCUCACAGUGUUUCAGGACUUCUUCCUGUCCCUGAACCUUCCUACGUCCAUAAUCCGAGGAGAGGAGCUGGUGCUGGAGGUGAUUCUGUUUAACUACCUCCAAGAGGCACUGGAGGUUGCCGUGGUUGUCGCAGAGAGCGACAGCUUUGAGUUCGUCUUCCCGGACAACCAGGCCGUCUCCAUGGCCAGCAUCCGUCACGUCUACAUAGAGAGUGAGGGUGGGGCAACCAUCUUGAUUCCCAUCCGGCCUCUGGUCCUUGGAGAGAUCCCCAUCUCUGUGAAAGCCAUGUCCUUUGCAGCAUCUGACUUCAUCCAUACAACCGUCCUUGUUAAGGCUGAAGGACUCCAGCAGACGUUCUCCUCCUCGCUGCUGCUUGACCUUUCUGCAACACAGACCAGCCUCUCCAGGGACAUCAUGUUCACCUUUCCACUAGGUGUGGUGGAGGGCAGCGAGAGUGUUUCAGUGACAGCUAUCGGUGACAUCCUGGGACCCUCCAUCAGUGGUCUGGACUCGCUGAUCCAGAUGCCAUAUGGUUGCGGGGAGCAGAACAUGAUCCACUUUGCCCCAAACAUCUAUGUCCUGCAGUACCUGAGUGCCAGGGGACAGGUAGUCCCAGAGGUCACGGAGCGAGCCACAGACUACAUGAUGAAAGGUUACGAGCAGGAACUGUCCUAUCAGAGAGCUGAUGGCUCAUUCAGUGCUUUUGGCAAGCAGGAUUCCUCUGGAAGCACCUGGCUGUCUGCGUUUGUGCUGCGUUGUUUCCUACAGGCCAGACCAUUCAUCAGCAUUGGCGACCGGGUUCUGCAGAACACAGCGGCUUGGAUCACUGCACAGCGUGGGGCUGACGGCCAGAUGGUGGAGCCCGGCAGAGUGAUUCAUACUGAGCUCCAAGGAGGUCUGGAUGGGCCCGUUUCCCUCACAUCCUUUGUCCUCAUUGCUCUGUUGGAGGAUGUUGUCAUCAAGGCUCAGUAUGCCACACAGGUGUCUGCAGCCGUAACCUACCUGGAGACCCGUUUGGCUCACGGUGUUUCUAGUAACUACAGCCUCAGCCUGCUCACCUAUGCUCUGGCUCUGGCAGGUAGCUCCUCCUCCCAGACAGCACUGAACCUUCUGAUUAAGCGAGCUGACAUGAGAGACGGCGUGCUGAUGUGGUCGUCCCCUUAUGGUGGCCUGUCGUCGUCAUGGCAGCCUCGAUCUGCAGACAUCGAGAUGGCGUCCUAUGUGCUGCUUUCUCUCCACAAGCUGAAUCGGGUCGCCGAUGGUCUCAGUCUCAUGAGAUGGCUCAGCCAGCAGAGGAACCACCUUGGGGGAUAUGGGAGCACUCAGGACACAGUGGUGGCUCUGCAGGCCCUGUCUACAUUCGCCGCUCUGGGAGAAUCACAGAACUCUGAUAUAAACAUCAGAGUAACCAACACAGAGUCAGACACCGUCGCCUCGUUCUACAUCGACCAGGACAACUACCUGCUCCUUCAGAGUCAGCAGAUUGAUCCAGAACCUGAGCUGGAUCUCCAGGUGACUGCAGAAGGUCGUGGACUCGCUCUCUUUCAGCUCAACGUGUUUUACAACAUCAGGACCGAGGAGCUGAUGAGGAGGAGACGAGAUGCAGAUAAUAAUGAAGCAUUUAACCUGUAUGUGAAGCUGUUUGACCUUGAGGUGAAUGACGCCCACCUGUACGUCUGCACCAGUCUGUCCUGGCAUUUGGGCCUGAACAUGACGGGAAUGGUCCUGAUGGAGGCGAGUCUGCUGAGCGGCUUCAGUCUGCGUCCGGACCUCAUCAUACAGGACGGCGUUGUGAAAAAAGUUGAGACGCAGCCGGGGAAAGUGAUCCUGUACCUGGACUCUGUCACGACUCAGGAGACGUGUCUGUUCAUCCCUCUGCUCAUGGAGUUUAAAGUGGCCAAAGUCCAGGCAGCCACUGUUACCAUCUACGAUUAUUAUGAACCAAGACGGAGGACAACGAGGUCAUAUAAAUCGUCUUGGAGGAGCGAUGUUUCCAUCUGCUCCUUCUGCGGAGCUGGCUGCAGUCAAUGCCGAGCGAACAACGACUACGAUCUAAACAUUGCAUCACACCACGGCCGCUCCAUCCUGCUGAGCGUCUUCCUGCCCACACUGCUCCUCCUCUUCAUCAUCUUCAGCAUGUAAAUAUUGUCAGAAUGUUAGUUUGGGUUUAGUUCUUGCAGCUGGGAGAGGUUCAGCUGUUAUAAUAAACAUAUAGUAGAGUUAGAGGAAAAAAUAAAUGUGAGAUCUUUCUGA